CUUCGGAACUGGACUCUUUUGCAGGGACACGCCAAAAAAAAAAAACAAAAAACUGCUGGUUUCUUUCUCUCUCUCUCUUAUUGUGCAGAACUCCUUGGAUUUGGAGGGCUGGGCUUUGUGGGUGCCAGUCCUCGAAGACUCGCUGCUGGGAAGACCUCGCUCCCCAGCUCCGAAACUGGAUUUACCAAGUGGCUUCAAACCUGGGCUCCUGUCUCGGGGACUUUUCUCUUUCUCCCGUGGAUUAUAUUUCCCUGUAAGACAAGCAAGGAGGGUCAGAGAAGGCAUGAAGACACCCUUGCUGGCCUAACCUGGCAGGAGGAGCCAGGACCCCUGGGGGCGUGAUGGUCCCCAUAAUUCUUUGCUCCCUGCUCUUGGCAUCUGUUGGAACUGCGGAGCUGGAGGGGCAUUUCGACCUUGCCAAGUGCCGCUAUGCGCUGGGUAUGCAGGACCGCACGAUCCCCGACAAGGACCUGUCAGCCUCCAGCUCCUGGUCAGACUCCACUGCCGCCAAGUACAGCCGGCUGGAUACAAGUGACGGGGAUGGGGCCUGGUGCCCAGCGGGACCAGUCUACCCCAACGAUGCUGAGUUCCUGGAAGUUGACCUCCGGCGCCUGCACUUCCUGACGUUAGUGGGCACCCAGGGCCGCCACGCCGGUGGGCACGGCAAGGAGUUUGCCCGGGCCUACCGCCUCCAUUACAGUCGUGACCGGCGCCGUUGGCUGACCUGGCGUGACCGCUGGGGCAAUGAGGUGAUCUCUGGGAACGUUAACACAAAUGAGGUGGUGCUGAAGGAUCUUGGGCCACCCAUCAUUGCCCGCUACAUCCGCUUCUAUCCCCGUGCAGACCGUGUUAUGAGCGUCUGCCUGCGUGUGGAACUGUAUGGCUGCCUCUGGCGGGACGGACUGCAGUCCUACACCGCCCCCAUGGGACAAGUUAUGCCUCUCCAGCCAGAGCCUGUUUACCUCAAUGACUCCACCUACGAUGGCCUCAGCAUCAGCAAGCUUCAGUUUGGGGGCCUUGGGCAACUGGCAGAUGGUGUGGUGGGACUGGAUGAUUUCACUCGGACCAAGGAGCUGCGGGUCUGGCCAGGCUAUGACUACAUCGGGUGGAAGAACGACUCCUUCUCUAUGGGCUAUGUGGAGAUGGAGUUUGAGUUUGACUGUCUCCGGACCUUCACCUACAUGAAGGUCCACUGCAAUAACAUGCACACGCGGGGCGUGAGCAUUUUCCGUCAGGUGGACUGUAGGUUCAAGCAGAACCUUGAAACUGCCUGGGAUCCUGAACUGGUGACUCACCUGCUGGCAGUGGAUGUCAAGGACCCCAGUGCCCGCUCUGUCACCGUGCCCUUGGAGGGACGCCUGGGGCAUUUCCUGCAGUGCCAUUUCUACUUCUCCAAUGAGUGGAUGCUCUUCAGUGAAAUUGCUUUCCUCUCAGAAGUGGUAGAGGACCCAUCUCUCACUGGAACAAGCCGUUGGCCCCCAGUGGUCCCUCCUCAACCCUCAGGUAGGGGGGCUGCAGCCCCCUCUGUCCAGGAGGACCUGGGCUCCACAUUGCAUGGGGAACCAAGACCCACCUCCAACCUCACCCGCCAGGACCUGGAGGUCCAGGGGAACCCCAAAACUAGCCAGCCAGUUGCAAAGGAUGACAACAGCAACACGUCCAUCCUGAUUGGCUGCUUGGUGGCCAUCAUCCUGCUCCUACUGGUCGUCAUCUUCCUCAUCCUCUGGAGGCAAUACUGGAAAAAAAUCCUGGGAAAAGCUCAGCGACGAAUCUCUGAUGAUGACCUGACGGUUCAUCUUUCUGUGCCUGGCGACACCAUUGUCAUCAACAACACAAUGGGCUCCCAGCGCCAUUCCAGCCGCUAUGAACGCAUCCAGUCUGGGGAGACUGAGUACCAGGAGCCCAACCGUGCUCGCAUGAAGCUGCCUGACCUGCCCCAUGGAACUGAGAACUCUGCUCUGCUGCUCAACAACCCGGCCUAUCGGCUCUUCCUGGCCACAUACGCCCAGCCAAUGGGAGGGCUCGCUCGCCCGCUGUCCGAGGCGGCUAAGCCAAUCAACACUGAUGCCUGCAGCAGCGACUACAUGGAACCAGACUCUUCGGGAGCCCUGGCCCCAGUGCCAAACAACGUGCCACACUAUGCCGAAGCUGACAUCAUCAACCUGCAAGGGGUGACAGGAGGGAACACCUAUGCCGUGCCAGCUGUGGCUGUGGACGCACUGGCAGCCAAGGAUGUGGCCCUGGCUGAGUUCCCCCGCGGCCGCCUCCGCUUCAAGGAGAAACUUGGGGAGGGGCAGUUUGGGGAGGUCCACUUGUGCGAGGUGGAGAGUCCCCAGGACCUGCUCAACUUGGAGUUCCCCUUCAACGUGCGCAAGGGACGCCCUCUGCUGGUUGCUGUGAAAAUCCUGCGCUCUGAUGCCACCAAGAAUGCCAGGAAUGAUUUUCUAAAAGAAGUGAAGAUCAUGUCACGGCUGAAGGACCCCAACAUCGUGAGGCUGCUGGGCGUGUGUGUGCGGGACGACCCCCUCUGCAUGAUCACCGAGUACAUGGAGAAUGGUGACCUCAACCAGUUCCUCAGCGCCCACGAGCUGGAGGCCAAGACAGGGGGCAGUGCCAGCGAUGCCCCCACUAUCAGCUACCCAACGCUGAUCCAUGUGGCAGCCCAGAUUGCCUCAGGCAUGAAGUUUCUGGCCUCCCUCAACUUUGUGCACCGGGACCUGGCCACACGCAACUGCCUGGUGGGUGAGGGCUUCACCAUCAAGAUUGCUGACUUUGGCAUGAGCCGCAACCUCUACUCGGGUGACUACUACCGCAUCCAGGGCCGAGCUGUCCUGCCUAUCCGCUGGAUGGCCUGGGAGUGCAUCCUUAUGGGGAAGUUCACAACAGCCUCAGAUGUCUGGGCCUUUGGGGUGACGCUGUGGGAGGUGCUCAUGCUGUGCCAGGAGCAGCCCUACAGCCAACUCACCGAUGAGCAGGUCAUCGAGAAUGCCGGGCAGUUCUUCAGAGACCAGGGCGAGCAGGUCUACCUGUCACGGCCCCCAGCCUGCCCCCUGGCCCUCUAUGAAGUGAUGCUGAGAUGCUGGGCUCGGGAUGCCAAGGACCGUCCCCUCUUCCAGCAUCUCCACCGCUUCCUGAAUGAAGACGCUCUCAAUAUGGUACCAUUCAUCCAACCCGUACUUCCACAGCUUGCUUGCAAGAACGUUGUGAGAUACUGUAUCAAAAGCCUUGCUAAAGUCAAGGUGCAUCACAUCCUCCACUCUUCCCGUAUCCACAGAGCCAAUCAUCUCAUCAUAGAAGAUACCUAGAAAUGGAUUCCUUGAGGACCUGCUCCAUGAUUUUUCCAGGAACUGAGGAAAUUUGAACAGGUCGCUUUUCACCUCGUCGUCCAAGUUGCUGAUAAAGAAAUUGAACAGUGCGAGCCCAAGGACCAAGCCCUGGGGGACUCCGCUGCCCACUUCCCCAGGUCGAAUAUGACCCGUCCACCACCACCCUCCGAGCACGACCCUUCAGCCAUCUGACCCCAUGGACUUGUUGACUCCAGCUUUUCUAAAUACUCCCUAACCUGCUCUUUUGCCACUGUUGGUUGCUCACCUCCUCUCCAAACUGCACUGCCAGUUGCAGUACUCUGGGAGCUGACCUUGCCUGUGAAGACUGUGGUGAAAAAGGCACUGAGCACUCCAGUGUUUUCCACAUCAUCUGUCACUAAGCUGCCUUCCCCAUUCAGUAAGGGAUCCACACUUUCCCUGGCCUUCCUCUUGUUCCUGAUAUACUUGUAGAAACCCUUCUUGUCACCCUUCAUGUUCCUUGCUAGCUGUAACUCCAAUUAUGCUUUGGCCUUUCUGAUUUCAGCUCUGUGCCAGCCCUUUUUUUCCCACACCAAAUAUGCUGCUCCUUUCUAGCCUUUCACCUGCUUUUCCAUGCCAAAAGGAUUUUCUUAAUUUCUCCUGCAGCCAAGUCAGUUCUCACUGGGAGGGUAAUAGAGGAGACUCCUUGUUUGAAGCCACACUAAUUCGGGGCUUGGAGGCAGACUUGGAAAAAGGCUGCCCCUCUACAAAAUACUGAUUCAGUUCAGUCAGAACAUUUCCUACAGGCAGUGGCUCAUGUCCUGCCGCAGUCCCAUAAAAGCCUGGGUUUUAGGGACUCUGGUAGUGCCCAGUCCUGUAGUCUUGGGUCCAUCUUUCCAGGAUACAGCACCCAUCUUUGACACAAAAUGGGUCAAUCAUGUCUCCAGUGUAAUGAUAUCAGCUCUAAAUUUAGCUGGGGCUGUCGGGUGGCUGGGGAAUGAUGAACACCUUGAACCCGGUGCCAGCCGGUGUGUCCAUCAAUGCAGCUCUGCCCUCCAUCCUGGAUUAGGAGCCAUGGCCAGAUCCUCCAAAGAUCCCAGCACUCACCUGAAGGUGCAGACCUCUCUUAUGUGUAAUAAAUAUACAACAGUGUGUCCUCUCUGAGCAGAGGGUGCUGAGUUUUCUCCCUUGAUAGAGCAAAGAUCCCUGAGACCUGUUUCUUGCUCCUUGCCCUGCAAGCCAAAUGCGAGCAUUUUCGAACAAGACUCAGAAGCCGCCUAACGUGGACAAGAGAGCUCAGAGCAGGUGUUUGAUGAAGCCGUGGCAUGCUGGAGCCCAGCUCCCAUGGCAGAGUUGGGGCCAGAGACGAGCUCCCAGAGGUGGUGGGAUGUUCGCAGCUGGGGUGGGGGGAUUUGAAGGGUGAGUCCAGGGUGCAUUCAGAGAAGCAGUUUUGGUCUGAGACCGAUGUGUGGGGUGAGGGGCAUGUGGGGUGUUUUGUCUGGAGGUCACUGUCUAGAGUUGGGUGUUGGGGGCACUGGGGCAGGUAGGAAUCAGAGCCAAUUGCUGCAUUUGAACCAUUUGCAAAACCCUUCAUACAAACCUGCUGCAGGUAUUGGCCAUUUCCCCCACAAAGGGCUGGACGAGGAGAAUGGCCCCUCCUCUGCUGCUGCUUCAAUGGCCACGGGACCUUCUAGCACCAUCGACCUCCUGCCUGGCACUGCCGUGUGCCCAGACUGCACUGCCUGCAGUUCCUGGCAUGACGGGGCUGAGCGGCUGCUCCUGCUGCCCAGCACCAAGGCAAGAUGGGGAAACUUGCCUCUCCCUGCAGAGACUAACUGUGACAUCCUGGACUUGCCUGGAAGGGCUGGCAGCUACCAGGGACAUGCAUGAUGGCUGAUCACAGGCCAGCAGCACCAGGCACAGCUUCAUUGCUAUUAGCUCUGCUCCUUCCUCCGGCUGGGAUCUUAUAACCACAAGGACUCGCAUUGCCAGGGACUGCCAGACCCGAGGCCCCUGAGGCCAUGUGUGUACAGCAGGGGUACACAAAAUACAGCCCAUAGGCCUGAUGUGGCCCACUAAGCACUUUCAUCUGGCCCAUGGGGCAAUGGGCUCCAGCCUGCAGGUCUUCCCUCCUGUGCUGUGCACCCCGGGCAGGAAAUGCAGCCAGCUCCAGCACAUGGGGAUUUCCUUCUGUGCUGUGUGUGAGUGGCGGGGAGUGCCAGCGAUACAGACACCCCGGGCGUGGGCAACUGGUGCCUCCCAAGUCUGGGGGGGUUCCAGCAGGGCAUGACUGGGGGGAGAGGGGGGUCUCUCAGCAGCCAGCUAGUGACCGGGGAGGGGGGUUGUCCCCCAACGGCCAGUCGCUGAGCGUGCCAGCAGCAUGGAGGUGGCAUAAGUGCCAGCAAUUCCACAUGUGGCAUGUGCCACUGGUGCAGCCAAUUCAGGCGGGGCACUAGCACUCUCCAUGUCCCCCUGUGGCAGAAUACCAUCUCUGUCUCUCCCCAAACUCUGCUAUCUGACAAUUUGGUUACCAUGGUCAUUGCAGAGGGCAGACUCCUCUGGUCGCAUCUGCUUCAUAGAUUCAUAGAUGUUAGGGUCAGAAGGGACCUCAACAGAUCAUCAAGUCCACCCCCCUGCCUAGGCAGGAAAGAUUCUGGGGUCAGACGACCCCAGCCAGAUGCCUAUCCAGCCUUCUCUUAAAGACCCCAAGGUUGGGGACAGCACCACCUCCCUUGGGAGCCCAUUCCAGAUUUUGGCCACCCUCACUGUGAAGAAGUGUUUCCUGAUAUCUAGCCUAAAUCUGCUCUCUGUCAGUUUGUGACCAUUGUUCCUUGUUACCCCAAGAGGCACCCUGAUGAACAGAGCAUCUCUGAUCCCUUUCUGCGUCCCACUAAUGAAUUUGUAGGCGGCCACAAGAUCACCUCUCGGCCUUCUCUUGCGGAGGCUGAAGACGUCCAGGUCCCUCAGUCUCUCCUCGUAGGGCUUGUCCUGUAAGCCCCUAACCAUAUGAGUGGCCCUCCUCUGGACCCUGUCAAGUCUAGCCACAUCCUUCGUGAAGCAUGGCACCCAAAAUUGGACACAGUACGCCAACUGCAGUCUGACCAAUGCCGCGUAGAGGGGGAUUAUCACCUCCUUGGAUCUAUUUGUCAUGUAUCUGCUGAUGCAUGAUAAAGUGUGGUUAGCUUUGCUGGUGAUUUCGUCACACUGACAACUCAUGUUCAUCUUGGAGUCCACUAUGACUCCAAGAGCCCUUUCUGCUUCUGUGCUGCUGAGAGGGUCACUUCCCAGCCAGGAAGUGUGCAGCACUCUGCACUUGUCCUUGUUGUACUGCAUCCUAUUGUGUACUGCCCACUUUUCCAACCUGUCCAGGUUUGCCUGCAAUCGUUCCCUAUCCUUCGGGGCGUGCACUUCACCCCACAAUUUAGUAUCAUCUGCAAACUUGGGCAGAGUACACUUCACACCCACAUCCAAGUCACUGACAAAGAUCUUGAAGAGUACAGGUCCAAGGACCGAACCCUGCGGGACCCCACUACCCGCAUCCUUCAAGGUUGAUACCAGCCCAUCUAUUACCACUCUCUGGGUGCAACCACUAAGCCAAUUUGCCACCCACCAGGCCAGAGGAAAACUCCAACCACCUCUGGACAAUGUGUGUGAGUAAGCUAUUCAAGAUCAGACUAGAUAUUUAGCUUACUGUAACUCAGAUGCGUGAUCAAAAGGCUACCAUCAGCCACACUGGUUUGCUCUAUGGGAUUCCUCUGAUAUUGCUCUACCUUUUACCCUGUUUCCGCCCUACCCCCUGAACCAAUAAAGUUCUCCUUUGUGA